AUGGGGGACUCAAGGACCAUCCAAGUGAUCUAUGAAGAGAGCUCGAGGAAAACUGCGAGGACGGCGAGGAGUUACACGUUGGACGUGUGUGUGUCUCAAGACGCUUCUCAAGGUCACUUCUUUGACGUCUGUGGUAUCCGUCCGCUGCUUGCCUCGGCCUUGGAUGGCUUCUCUUCAACCUGCUUCGCAUAUGGACAGACGGGAUCUGGAAAGACUUACAGCCUGAUAGGACAUGAAUCAGUGAUUCCCAAACUUGACAAGAAGUCAAGCGAACUCGACGGGCUCCUAUCUCGCUCUGUCAAGUUCCUCUUCAGCGCCAUCAAGAGACGCCAGGAGGGAAACUUCGAUGUGUUUGUGAGUUAUUACGAAGUUUACAAUGAGCAAGUGAGGGACGUUUUAAAUCCCUCCAACAACCACCUCCCGAUCAAGUGGAACCCUCACCAAGGUUUCUACGUGCAGAACCUAAGCGAAGUCCAAUGUUCAACGAAAGCAGAGGUCAUGCGGUACUUCUGCGAGGGAUAUAAGAACACCAUGAUCGGCACCCACGAGAUGAAUCAAAGGUCAAACAGAAGUCAUUGUAUCUUUACGAUCAACGUGAAAUGCUACAAGAGAGUUGAUGACUCGGAGGACUCCAGCCUUUCACAGAUCUGUCACGGACGAGUUUCCUUCAUCGACCUUGCUGGCAGCGAGAGAAACAAAGAUACGAAGGCCAAUGGAAAGAUGCUUGUCGAGAGCAGCCAGAUCAACAAGAGUCUGUUCACUUUGGGGAAGGUGAUUCACGCUUUGAGCAAGAGCUCGCGCAAAAACAGCAACUUCAGGGUGCCAUAUCGAGACAGCACGUUGACAAAGUUGCUGAUGCACUCGCUGGGGGGGAAUUCCAAGACGCUCAUGCUGGCGUGCUGCUCGCCUUCUGCUGCCCAUCUCUCAGAGAGUCUGCGCAGUCUGGAAUUCGCUAGCAGAGCAAAAAAUAUUCGGAACAAACCAGUAGUAAUGCUGGAUGCAAAGGAGAGCCUCAUCAACGAGCUCAGGACGGAGAUAGGCAAGUUGAGGGUUCAGAACAGCACCUUGAAACGCUCCUUGAAGGUC